CCUGUACUGAGCGAGAGCGAGGCGACGGCUGGGCAACGGGAGUUCGCCGGUUUAAUGGCGGCCAUGUUGGAUCGGAAGUGAAAUGGAGGGAGAGGACAAGGGGAAAAAAUUCAGAAACCGGUCGCUAGCAACGGAAACUGUUUCUCCGUAGUUGGGAGAGGACGAUCGGCCGUUAACAGCGAGAGCUAAGGAAGCGUCGCCCGGGGGGGAAAGUUUAGUUAUUUUGUAUGGUUUUAAAUUUCCCCCCCAAUAUAAUAAAAAAGGACAAUGGCGGAUCCGGCUGAGUGCAAUAUAAAAGUGAUGUGCCGUUUCAGGCCGCUGAAUGAGUCGGAAAUCCAACGCGGUGAUAAAAGUAUCUGCAAAUUUCAAGGGGAUGAAACGGUGGCGGUCGGGGGGAAGUCCUAUGUGUAUGACCGUGUUUUUCCAUCAAAUGCAACACAAGAACAAGUAUACAAUGCAUGUGCGAAAAAUAUUGUCAAAGAUGUACUUGAUGGAUAUAAUGGUACAAUAUUUGCGUAUGGUCAAACUGCCUCCGGUAAAACUCACACAAUGGAGGGAACACUUCAUGAUCCUGAUUGUAUGGGAAUAAUUCCAAGAAUAGCCCAAGAUAUUUUUAAUUAUAUUUACUCCAUGGAUGAGAAUUUGGAAUUCCACAUCAAGGUUUCAUAUUUUGAAAUAUAUUUGGACAAGAUUAGGGAUCUUUUGGAUGUAUCCAAGACCAAUCUCUCUGUCCAUGAAGAUAAAAAUAGAGUCCCUUAUGUCAAGGGUUGCACUGAACGUUUUGUUUGCAGUCCUGAUGAAGUAAUGGAUACAAUUGAUGAAGGAAAAUCCAACAGACACGUAGCAGUUACAAAUAUGAAUGAGCACAGCUCACGUAGCCACAGUAUCUUUCUUAUUAAUGUCAAACAAGAAAACACUGCAACGGAGCAGAAGCUAAGUGGCAAGCUUUAUCUGGUUGACUUGGCAGGCAGUGAAAAGGUUAGUAAAACUGGAGCAGAAGGCGCAGUUCUCGAUGAAGCCAAGAAUAUCAACAGGUCUUUGUCAGCAUUGGGGAAUGUCAUUGCUUCUCUGGCAGAAUCAAGUUCUUAUGUACCGUACCGUGACAGCAAAAUGACAAGGAUCUUGCAGGAUUCUCUGGGUGGUAACUGCAGAACAACGAUAGUUAUUUGCUGUUCUCCAUCAACCUAUAAUGAAGCAGAGACUAAAAGCACAUUGAUGUUUGGUCAAAGAGCCAAGACUAUUAAGAAUACUGUAACAGUUAAUGUUGAGCUAACAGCAGAACAAUGGAAGAAGAAAUACGAGAGAGAAAAGGACAAGAACAAGACACUGAGAAAUACUAUACAAUGGCUUGAAAAUGAGCUCAAUCGAUGGAGAAAAGGUGAGACUGUACCUCUAGAAGAACAGUAUGACAAAGAGAAAAACAAAGAAGCACUUGAGAUUGUUCUCACUAAUGACAAAAUAGAGGAAUCUCCUACAGUCAAACUCACUGAUGCUGAAAAACUGAAGAUGGAUUCAGAAAUUUCUAAACUGUACAAGCAACUUGAUGAUAAGGAUGAAGAGAUCAACCAGCAGAGCCAGCUGGUGGAAAAACUUAAGCAGCAAAUGUUGGAUCAAGAAGAACUUCUGGCAUCCACCCGGCGAGAUCAAGAUAAUAUGCAGUCAGAGCUGAAUCGUCUGCAGGCUGAGAAUGAUGCCUCCAAAGAGGAAGUGAAAGAAGUAUUGCAAGCCUUGGAAGAACUUGCAGUGAACUAUGACCAGAAAUCACAAGAAGUAGAGGACAAAACAAGGGAAUUUGAGUUACUGAAUGAUGAACUCGGUCAAAAAUCGGCAACAUUGACAUCACUUGAUGCUGAGUUGCAAAAACUGAAGGAGAUGACCAAUCAUCAGAAAAAACGAGUGACUGAAAUGAUGACAUCAUUGUUAAAGGAUCUUGCAGAAAUUGGAAUUGCAGUUGGAAACAAUGAUGUUAAGCCUGAAGGAAGUGGCCUUCUGGAUGAGGAAUUUACAGUAGCACGGCUGUACAUUAGUAAAAUGAAAUCUGAAGUUAAGACCAUGGUAAAACGCUGCAAGCAGUUAGAGAGUACGCAAGUUGAGAGUAACCAGAAGUUAGAAGAGAAUGAAAAGGAACUGACAGCUUGUCAACUUCGCAUCUCUCAGCACGAGGCAAAGAUCAAGUCACUCACAGAAUAUCUGCAAAAUGUUGAGCAUAAAAAGAGACAUCUAGAAGAGUCUGUUGAUUCACUAAAUGAAGAUUUGGUCAAGCUUCAAGCACAAGAAAAAGUACAUGAAAUGGAAAAGGAACACUUGAACAAAGUACAAACUGCAAUUGAAGUGAAGCAAGCUGUAGAGCAACAAAUGCAGAGCCACCGUGAGGCGCACCAAAAACAGAUCAGCUGUUUAAGGGAUGAGAUUGAAAAGAAAGAGAAACUCAUCACUGAUCUUCAAGACCAAAAUCAGAAAAUGAUGCUGGAGCAGGAGCGACUACAUUUAGAACAUGAAAAGCUAAAAACUGUGGAUCAGGAGAAAAGUCGUAAAUUACAUGAAUUAACCAUUAUGCAAGAUCGUCGAGAGCAAGCAAGGCAGGACCUCAAAGGACUAGAAGAGACAGUGGCAAAAGAACUCCAGACACUCCAUAAUCUUAGAAAGCUGUUUGUUCAAGACUUGGCAACUAGAGUCAAAAAGAGUGCUGAAAUGGAUUCUGAUGAUACUGGUGGUAGUGCUGCACAGAAACAAAAGAUCUCCUUUCUUGAGAACAAUCUUGAACAGCUCACUAAGGUUCACAAACAGUUGGUACGAGAUAAUGCAGACCUUCGUUGUGAACUUCCAAAAUUGGAGAAACGCCUUAGAGCUACAGCUGAAAGGGUCAAGGCUUUGGAGUCUGCGUUAAAGGAAGCGAAAGAGAAUGCAGCUCGAGAUCGCAAACGCUACCAGCAGGAAGUAGAUCGCAUCAAGGAAGCUGUGCGAGCAAAGAACAUUGCAAGGAGAGUACACUCUGCACAGAUUGCUAAACCCAUCCGUCCUGGUCAACCCCCCAUGGCAUCUCCAACUCAUCCAAGUGCAAUUCGUGGAGGUGGUGGAUUCUUCCAUAACAGUCAAGCAGUUGCAGUACGUGGAGGUGGUGGUGGCGUAAAAUCAGAUAAGAUUGUCCCUGGAGGGAUGGCUAAUAAUGCUGAAAUUGGAGAUACUGGCUUCUUGCCUUCAACUGUUAAAGCUGCUAAAGCAACAACAUAAUCAAGGAGAAGCAGAUGUCAUCCAAAAACCCCAUCAUUCCAAGGCAGUGUGAACUCUGCAACUUAGACUUUUGACAGGAUUAUUUUUGGAAAAAUUGGAAAUAAAAACUGGCCUGUACAGCUACAUCCUUGCAAAAUAAGAGUGCAAUGUAGGCAUCUUGCAAAUACUACAUGUGAUUUAAUGUGUAGCUUCAUUGCACAGUACAUUGUCAUUCAUGUCUUAAAUUUAGUCUGCACUGUGCCAAGUUGAAUGUACGUUGUUGCAGGAAAACUUUAGCAAAAGCAUUGAAGCCUAAUUUGUGUACAUUUCAUUGUUUUAGGACUUGUGAAACAAUGUCGCCAAGUAGAUCUGAUAAGCUUGUUUUACAGUGGGGAAAAAUAUUUGGAGUGACCCAGCUAUAAUUCUUGUGUAAAUUAAGACAGUACUUGAAGUUUUUUCUUGAAAUGGGAUUUUUAUUUUGAUUUAAGAUGAAGAGGAGUAGUACAAUUUGAAAACUGAAGGUGCAUUUUUGACUGUGGUUAGAGCAAGGAGCUAGGAUUAUACAGGGAAAAAAGCUGCUAAUAAAAUUCUGGGAAGUUUUGAAGAGGUUGUUUAACAUAGACAUCGCAUUGGCUAAGGUUUUGGAAAGAACAGAUUAAACUGCUGAAAAUGUAAUGCUGACCAUAAAUGUAAACAGAAAAAGUUAAAAGGCAUUAAAAUUUAGAAACGGAAGGAACUUGCAGCUGCAUCUCCUGUCCAGAUUCUUUUAAUUAAUGAUGAACUAACAGUCACCACUGGGCUUGCUAUAUAAUAAAACAACAUAAAAAAGAGCUUUUGAGUUAAGAAAUUGCACUUGUUCUGGUUGCAUAAUUGGUUUCAGUUGAAGUACAAUUUUUUUUAAAUGAAUGGCACUUGUUAAUCUUUUUUCCAGUGUUUAAACAUUUUGCUCUUACCUAAUUUAAAAAAAAUGCUUGGUACAUGCUAUUGAUUACCAUACACGAUGGUAAGGUAGCCAUUAACAUGCAGCAUGUAGAAAGGAGUCACAAAUGGGAAACGUUUUACUGUAUUUAGUUCUUUGUAGGUAAGUACUAAACAUUAAUACUAUGAUGAACUCUAAUGGCAUGAAAUGCUUAUGUUGACUCUAAACAGUCUAAGCCAAUAACCAAAUCAUUUUUUACGUAAGUAACUCAAUUUUUACCAUUUUGCUUGUGCAGUUAAGAUAUUUGCAAAAUAAAAUAACCCAAAUCAAAAAGGAACAAACCAUUUAAAUGAUGCACAAAGUUGCAUUGCUGUGAAUCAAUUGGAAUAAGUGAGAAAGCAAUGAGGUAAACUACGCAACCUCACAGAAAAGUCCCCAAAUAUUCUCAACCGAGUAUAAAUUUUAGGUGUAUCUUAAAAUGGUACAUUUUUUAAAAGUGCUUCAAUCCCACAUGUAAUAUUUGUAAUUUCACAAAUAUACAGGUCUCUUUGCAAAUUCAUUUAGGUUUGUGUUAGGAUAUUGUAUACAACUUCUUGGUAAAAGGCUGUUUAUCCUAAACUCAAUGGAUUACGCUUUGUCAGUGUUCAUGCCUUGACUGUUGGAUGCUUAAAUUUCAUUUGUAUGCAAAUGAAAAUUCACCUAUUAAGUGGUCAGUUUGGGGAAGAGUGCAGCUUAAAUGACUAAACCAAGACCCAUGAUGCAUCUUUUUAAAAACGUGGUGAUUAUUAUUUUUGGCACUGUAUUGUAUUUUUGCCUCGUAAUUUUCUAGCAUUUUUAAAGUUUACAGUUGCUGGAGGCUGACCAACAAAUCAGCCAGUAAAGCAAUGUGAAGUAAACACAGUGCUAACAUGUUUCAAGCAGUGGUGAAGAUCUAAUUUGGGGGUUUUUUGUUGUAGACUUAAUCCAUGGGUAUUUGACAUUCUAAAUGCUAAUCAGCUUAGUCAAAAACUCGAGAGCUGUAUUUAUGAUAAACAUCUUUAAAUUUAAUUAUUUUUUAUUCCUAAGAACGGUAUCACCAUGUUCUUUUGUAAUUAGAAGUAUUUAGACCAGAAUAAGGCUACACACAUUGUCCAAGACAGAACUUAACACUUUUUUGUAAUUUUGUCUCACCAAUAUUGUAAAUGUUUUGAUUUUGCAUAUUUAUGUAUGGCUUUUUUUUUGCAGAUAAGAGAAUCUGUAUAUUAGAUCUAACACUCAGAAUUGGUUGCUAGGUGCAGUCACUGCCGAAGGAGUAACUAGUUUAAGGGCCAAUUUUUCGAUAUUGCAUACUUUGCAAAUUUCCAAUUUGUGACAUCUGUAUCAAAGUUACCAUUGCAAAUCUUCUGGACGGGGCUGUUAGCUGGGUGUUGAAUACAAAUUUAUUAUUUGUUGAAUAGUAAAUGCCUCGCUGUCCUGAUUGCAUUGCAGUGUACUCUUCAAGUGCUUAUUGUAAGCUUGUUCCUCACAUCUUCAAGAAAUAAUCGAGUUUAUGCUUUAAAACCAUUUGAAUAAAAACUUACUAUUUAUUCAUGGUGAUGAACUAAAUUAUUUGCAUUAUUUAAACAAUGCUAAAGAAAUUACUGUAAUAGUUCUAAAUUUGACAUGAGAUGACACUAAGAUAAUCCGCCUGUGGAAUAUGGUGCAGAAGAAGUCGGACAGCAGAAGGCACAUAAAAUUCUGUUUUGGUUAAGCCAUCAUUUAGUUUUGACUGACUGCAUGCUGUAAAUGUAUUUGUGUUUAAAUAAAUAUGACUUUUGUCUGGGAAUUCAA